AUGGCUUAUGUUGGCAACAUCACCAUUGGAACACCACCUCAAGAGUUCCGGGUCAUCAUUGACAAGAGCUCAUGUCCACCACCUUCCAAGUGCAAGUGGAGGAAAUUCGACCUCCACUAUGGCUUUGGAAAGAUAACAAGAGUUCUUGCCAGUGAAACUAUUUGGGUUGGGACAGCUGCUGCCAGGAACCAGACAAUUGGCCUGACCAAGAAUCAGAUUGGUGGGUUCCUGGAAAAUUCAACUUAUGAUGGCAUCCUGGGCUUGGCCUACCCCAGCCUCGCCAGGCAUGAAGCCACCCCUCUCUUCGACAACCUGAAGAGACAAGGAGUCAUUUCUCAACCUGUCUUUGCCUUGUUCCUGAGCAGAGAGCCACCGAAGAGCAGCUUGCUGAUGCUUGGUGGGGUGGACCACGCCUACCAUAACGGGGCUCUCAAGUGGGUACCAGUGACCCAAGCCCGCUUAUGGCAGAUAACCAUGAACCGCGUCUCCAUAAACAAAAUGGUGGCUGCUUGUCCUGGCAGAUGUCGGGCUAUUGUGGACAGUGGGAGCUCAGUGCUGGCUGGCCCAACUCAAGUGGGCCACAGCAUCUUCAAACACAUCAACCCCAAUCCCAAGGAGAAAAACCAGAGCUUGAUUUCAUGCGACAGUGCCAAGACCCUGCCUCCUAUUAUCUUCACUGUCAAUGGCAUGGACUUCCCAGUGUCCCCCAAAUACUACCUCCAGAAGGUUUCUAAAGACAUCUGCUUUAUCAGCUGUCACGGGGGCACGGAAGACAUGAGCCCCUCAGAGACCUGGGUCCUGAGUGACAUCUUCCUGAGAGCAUAUUUCACAGUUUUCGAUCGGAGUAAAAACAAGAUUGGCCUGGCUCCCUCAGUGUAA